UUCUCGGACGCAAGAUGGCGUGAUACAUGCGACGCUGCUUUUGACGUUCGCGUACGAGCAUUUUUUUGGCUCGAAAAGGCCGUAGUUCGAAAAAGGCCAGGAAGGCUUGAUAUUUCCUAGGGCCGUGGCUUGAAUAUCCGGAGUCCAGGAGGCGGGGGCUCUCGAGGAUGCGCCGGGUGGCGUCGCGCGCGACAACGCGAGCCGUUCGACUAAUCGGUACUUCGAUUUCGAGUACGUAGUACUUGGCCCGAGGCGCGCACGAGGUCCCGCGAUUGGCCAGUUUACGAAAACGACGAUGGCUCCGUGAGGCGAGGAGAGAACAUGGCUGCGACGCAAGCCGAGAGCCAACAAAACGAUGUGAAGCUGAACGAGUCUGUGAAAUGCGCACAGAAGCGUACGCAAGUCGGCGGUGCGAAUAGUGCGAGUGCCAGUGCAAAGCAGCAGCUGGAUUCUGAGCCGGACGAGAAAGUGUCCCGGGGCGCGGCCCAGCUGCUUAAAUAUGUGAAUCGCGGCGGCGGCGGCAGCGGCAGCGGCGGGGACACCAGCACCACGACGACGACGACGACCACCACCAGCACCACCAGCACCACCACGACUAUCACGAUCACGACGACGACGACGACCACGACGACGACGACGACGACAGCGACGACGACGACGACGACGGGUUCGACGGGGACGGGCUACGAGAUGAGUCAGUACCGCGAGGACAUUGGCGGACACGGUCCCGCCGCCGAGGUGAAGUCGCCCCGCGAGGCGAAUCCCCAGGAGGCCGGAGUGCUCGGUGGGGUUAAACAGGAGGCGCACGACGCGCCCGGUCAUCCCGCCGCGACCGGUCACCCGGGUCAUCCGUUCGCGCCAAACGUCAUGCGCGACUACGCGGACGAUUACGGGAACAACAAGUCGGCCGGCGCCGGGGGACCCGGUGGCGAGCAACCGUUCGCUCCGACCAAAUCCUUGGCGGAUUAUCCGCCCGGCAAGCAGCUGCCCGAGUACGUCACCAAGCACGCGGACUUUCCCGGCAAGCAGCUCGAUUACGGUAAACACUUGAUGCACGAGAGCGAGCGGGCGCACCGGGCCGAGAUGGAGGAGCACUAUCCCGGCUCCAAGAUCGAGUCGCGCCUCGGAUACCCCGGACCCGGCACCUUCUCCGGCCAGCCGAGGUUUCUCACCGGACAGGGCAUCUCGCAGACGGCCGGUCCUACCCCGACGUUGAACCAGUUGCUCCAGGCGUCCACACCGUCGAUGCAUCGGUUUCACGGCAAUUAUCCCGGAAUGGGAUCCGAGCCGUAUCAGCAACCCUGGUCUAUGCAGAGGCCACCGGUUGUGCCGCCUGUGUAUCCGCAACCUAGCCAGCGUCCUCCGCAGACGGGUUCGCCAAGAUUACACACAGGACCAGGAGUACAGAGUUCUCCGACACCUAUGCAGUAUCAAUAUGCCCAACGAUAUUCCUCUCCCACGAGACCUCACGCACCUUAUAGUCAUCAUCAGCUAAACUCUUAUACGACGCAAACCAGUCAUCCCUCAAGCUUAUAUACGGAACAAAGGGGAUGGAAUCAAGGUGGUCCGCCAAAUCCACCUCCACCACCCAGUAAUCAAGUCACUCCAUCGGGUCAAUCACCACAGCGAGCUCUGUCUCAAUCCCCAGCUCCACCACCAGCUGCGUCACCGCAGCCACAGGCUACUGGUCAAUCUCAGGCUUUCCACAAUUUGCAACAGCGAGCUACGACACCAAAUACUCAAGGAAUUGACUCUGGGGAAUUAUCAGGACAGAAUAGUAACGACAGUUCGAAUGGACCAGCUUGCCCAGGGACACCAAAUUCUCAGGGGAUGAGACCUACCCCGUCGCCUACAGGAUCCACAGGUUCUCGCUCGAUGUCCCCUGCUGUUGGUCGGUCUUUUUUACGCCAACAAAACGUUCAGAUGCCUCCACGUCCGUCGAGUAGCCAGUCGGAUGGUAGUGGACCAGCACCACGCAUGAGUCAUUCUCCCAUGACUACUCAAGGAGCGUAUCAACAACCAUUGGGUCCAUCGCCACACAUGCAUAGCUACAAGAUGAACAAUACUGGUCCUGGCGUAGUGCAACCGGGACCCGGUUCGACGACUCUCGGUGGGAUCAGUCCAAUGGGUGGUGGGAUGGGCUAUGCAACUGGCGGAACAGCAGCGGGUCAACCUGGGGUCACUCCUUAUCACGCGCAAUCCACGUAUCCACCUCCGCGUCCUCACAUGCAGUUUCCACAGGGAUAUCCGACACCUGCAAACUCACAACCGCCACCCAACAAUCAGUAUCAGCCUCCCAACAGACCCAAUAAUUUGGUACAAUAUCCACCGUACACGCAUAAAAUGGGCUUCAAUAGUGUACCGCCAGGAAUGCCACCGAGUCCAGGACCGCCGCAGGUUUAUGGCACCGGUGGUACGACCGCGAUGGUACCGCCAGGUGCUCCAGGUGUGCCCGUCAUCGGUAAUAUGGGACCGCCAGCGAGUUCCAUGGGCCCACCACCACCGUCUCCCAAUCACAUACCUAGCAACCAGCCACCACCGCCUACCAGCUCGGCGGUACCGCAUUUGCACACUCCAGCGGCUACCCCGCCGCUCAAUCACGAGGGCAGUCCUAUGCCGCCACCCAGUACCACACCAAACUCGCAUCCCGCGUCAGCGCCGACACCAAUCAGCCACAAUUCUGCAGAUCUCACGGCUGAGACUUCCAACGACAGCGGUAUAACCACGACCGCUUCAGGUACGUCAGCUAUAAAUGUCAUAUCUACUUCGAGCGGUACUGUGACAUCUGUAAUAACGACAGGUCCAGAUGGCACAUCUCUAGACGAAGGCUCACAACAAUCAACGUUAUCCAAUGCAUCAGCCGCUUCCGGUGAAGAUCCAACUUUUACGCCAAAAGUGCGGAAGGAGAUGAUGGGAGGAUACCACAGCCAUCCCGCGACACCACAAAGUACAGUCCCGUCACCUGGUGCUGCGAGCAUCAAUUCUAUUCACGAGGAAUAUGACAUGAACAGUCCUGGUUGGCCGCGUACUCCUGCUAGUCCUGUAUUUAACAGUCAUGUGCCUCAAGACCCGUACAGAUCUAAGAAGCCAGAUAGUCUGGCAAAGUUAUACGAAAUGGACGACUCGAUAGAACGGAGAACCUGGCUGGAUAAACUGGUCAAUUUUAUGGAAGAACGAAGAACACCCAUCACUAGUUGUCCUACCAUCUCCAAGAACCCCCUCGAUCUGUUUCGGCUAUACCUCUACGUGAAGGAGAGGGGGGGCUUCAUGGAGGUAUGCAAGGUAACGAAAAACAAAACAUGGAAGGAUAUAGCCGGCUUGCUGGGUAUCGGCGCGAGCAGCAGCGCUGCUUAUACAUUGCGUAAGCACUAUACGAAGCAUCUGCUAGCAUACGAGUGUCACUUUGAUCGCGGGGGAGUGGAUCCACAACCCAUCAUCAAUCAAGUCGAAGCGGGCUCGAAGAAGAAGGGCUCCAAGGGAACUGCUUCCGUACCAUCGCCGGGUUCUUCCAAUUCUCAAGACUCCUUUCCCGCUGGCGGAUCGAGCAACGCUUCCAUGGAUGGCUAUGGAAGCUAUCAGAGUAGUUACGCGGGCGGUACACCCGGUGGCCCGUCGUCGGAAUAUACGCCACCUCCGCCUAGGCCACCCAGUCAAAGCAGCGCACCUUCUGCUCAUCAGGGAAUACAACAAGGUAGUUACCAGAACACGGGUUCCUAUCAGAAUUACCCGCAAGAUCAGUACAUUCGGCCCCAGGCAAACGCGCUGUCUCAGCAAGGGGAAUUUAGUCAACCAUACUCGCCAAGAUCGCAUUAUCCUCCAUACGUGCCGGAUGUUGACAGGGGAUAUCCGGGUGGUAACAUGCCGCCGAGCAACGCUACUGGACAAGACAUGUACAACAGAUACACUAGCAGUCAGCAGGGACCCGCUAGCUAUCCUACGGGAACGCCUCCCAACGCGCGGAGUAACAGUUAUCCAUCGGGACCGCAGGCUCAUCCCGCCACCGUGCAACAGCAGACUGUAACCAGUCAGCCUUCGUCGCCCUCGCAACCGCCGGCUGCAUCGUCCGCGUACUCGUGUCCGCAGGAUUACUAUCGACAGGAACAAAGUGGAUACGGAGCGCCCGGUGGAACGCAAAUAUAUAGCCCGAGCGCAUCGGCUAAUAAGAACAUGCCACCGCCUCCUCCGGGACCCACCCAACCUAGACGUCAUCCAGAUUUUGCCAAAGACCAACAAUAUCCCCAGUAUAAUCAGCAACGACCAGCGUAUCCAGGAUGGCCAAAUACAACCAAUCAAUACAAUAGUAAUAGUGGCAACAAUAGGGUUCAGUACCCAAGUCAGCCGACACAAUCGCCGUCGCAGCAACAGCAGCAACCACAGCCGCAACAGGCACCGGUGGUAGUCGGCCCCGCCGCACCACCAGCUGCGGCGGUUAGUGCUAUGACCGGUAGUCAACAAUGGUCCACCCAACAAACGAACAGGUCCCCGUCCCAACCUGCUUUGAACGCUAUAGCGCACGCGCCUCCGCCGUGGGAUCACCGUUACACGAAUCAACCGUCCCCUUUGUAUCCGACACCCGGAAAUCAUCCGAAUCAACUUGUGAAUCCCAUGAUCAGCCAGCAACCGACGUCAAAGAGAGAAAUGACAUUCCCUCCUGACAGUGUAGAAGCUAUUUCGCCUCUUUUGUACAAGCGACGAAAACUAGCACGCUCUGACGUGGCACCGAUAGAAGCUUGGCGUAUCAUGAUGGCUUUACGAUCGGGCCUGCUCGCCGAAAGCUGUUGGGCCCUUGACGUAUUAAACAUUUUGUUAUUCGAUGACUCUUCUGUAAGUUACUUCGGGUUGGCGCACUUGCCUGGAUUAUUGGACGUUCUGCUGGAACACUUUUCGCGUUCUCUCUCCGACAUGUUCGAGUCGUGCGUGAACGACGACGACCGCUAUUGCCAGGCCGCGAAUGGUCCGGAGGUGGACCUUGGCGCGGUGACGCGCCCGAUCGAUGCGGAGGACCGGACGAAACUGUUAUCGACAUCGAAUUACACGUAUCUCUCGAGAAGAGGUCGUCCCGUCAAGAUCGUUUCCCGGGAUGAGGAUCUCUUUGUCCUGGACACUCGGAGAUCUUGGGAUCACCAGGAGUGCGAGUCAGAGACCGAGCCGUGGCAAGUCGACGCGAACGCGACCAAGUAUAUUGUGACGUGUUUUCAGUCCGAAGUGGGUUCGGUGCCUUUCGCUCGUUUGCUGAGGGACGAGAAACCGCCGUUAUUGCAGAAGGAGGUCGACAGCACGGAUUUAAAGGACGAAGCCAAAGCGGACAGCGUCAGUGGUAGUGCUCACGAGACCCUAGACUUUACCUAUAAGUCCGGCGAGAUCGGCGACAAACAGUCUGGCAAGGAAGGCGGUGAACGUAAACAGCAGCAGCAGGUAGACAAGAAGAAGAAGAGUCUGAGCGACGUGUUAUCGAGGAUUAAGAAAGAACCUGUGGAGAUGAACGAUCUCACGAGGGCGCUGUUCGAGAAGAAGAACGACAGCUUCAAGAAGGAUUGCGACAGCGAGACGACGAAGCCGAACAACAAUAUGGGCGAGCACUUUGGCAGCGAUGUGUCAAAAUCGAACGACGAGGACUCGUUGCCGACGCAAAACGGAUUGAACGAUUCAGCGACGGCGGCAGCGGCAGCGGCUGCGACGAGCAACGUCGACAGUACCCUGGACAAAGCCGAGAUCAAGACGGAGGCGACGGAGGAGCAGGAACUGGAAAGCGCGAGAGAUGAUAAGGAGGGACCAAGAUUACAGAUAAGAGAUCCGGCAGGAACGCUGAAACGGCGGAGGAUAAGCGACUACGAGGACGAAAGUUAUUCCAGGGACGAGGCGAGCCUCUACCUGGUGACGGAGACGCAGGACAGCCUGGCCCGCCGUUGCGUGUGCCUGUCGACGAUCUUGAGGAAUCUCACCUUCAUCCCGGGCAACGAGGCCGAGUUCGCGAAGAACGUUACGUUCCUCAGCCUGCUCGGCAAACUCCUGCUGCUGCACCACGAGCACCCGGUGCGGGCGCAAAAGACCCGCAAUUACGACCGCGAGGAGGACGCCGACUUCGCAGACUCGUGCAGCAGUCUGCAAGGCGAGAGCGAAUGGUGGUGGGACUUUUUGCACCACGUGAGGGAGAACGUUCUCGUAAUGGCCGCCAACAUAUCCGGCCACAUGGAUCUGAGCCAGCACCCGGAGGAGAUCUCGCGGCCGGUGCUCGACGGUCUCCUGCACUGGGCCGUAUGUCCAGCAGCCCACGGACAGGACCCGUUCCCGACGGUCGGCCUCAACUCGUCCCUCUCGCCGCAGAGACUCGCCCUCGAGGCGCUGUGCAAGUUAUGCGUGACCGAGUGCAACGUCGACCUGGUGGUGGCGACGCCGCCCUACUCCCGAUUGCAGAAAUUAUGUUCCGUGCUGACCAGGCUCCUCUGUCGCAGCGAGGAGCAGGUGCUGCGCGAAUUCGGCGUGAACCUGCUACACUUUCUCUCGGCCGCCGACAGCGGCGUUGCGCGCACCAUCGCCCUGCAGACGCCGUCCGUCGCGUUGCUCGUCGCGUUCAUCGAGCAGGCGGAGUCCAGUGCCCUCGGGGUUGCCAACCAGCAUGGCCUCGCGGCCUUGCGCGAGAAUCCCGAAUCGAUGGGCACUAGCCUAGACAUGCUGCGACGCGCGGCCGGCACUCUGCUCAACCUCGCCAGGCAUCCGGACAACCGGACCCUUCUUCUGCAGCACGAGUCUCGCCUCCUCGCCCUGGUCAUGAGUCAGAUCCUCGAUCAGCAGGUCGCCGCGAUAGUCGCCCGCGUGUUGUUCCAGUGCUCGAGGGGCACGUAACUUUCUAUCGUCUGUCGGGACACUAUGCGAUUAUAUUAUUAUUAACGGUGCCGACAACGACGAGUAUCAAGAUAUAACACGACGAUGAUGACGACUACGACGACGACGUCGACGACGACGUUGUGAUGGUAACAUGUGCAUGAACGGCUGUAGAGUGCGUUACAGAAACGUAAAAGCGAGAGGUCGCUAGACCUUGAUGUAAUUGACAAAAAGACGAGGUAGGGAGAGAGUAAGAGAGGGAGAGAGACGCGUACGAGUGAAGGAACAAAAGUGCUGAUGAAAACCAUGGCAGCGCAAUUGUAGUUUUAUAUCGAUUAAACAGGAAAUAAGAAAGUUUAAUUAUUGGUGUUAGCGUGUAGGUAUACCAGAUGCGAUCUCCGCCUAUCGGUAUACCUUCCCCUUCGUGAAUUGGAAUAAUAUCGAUAGUGUAAGAUAUUUCAUAGUUAAUGAAAGAAAAAAGAUACACUCAUACAAUAUAUACAAACACGUAGAAAACACAUGUACUCAGAUCCAUGUACUCUAGGCGUACACGUAUAUAUACACUCACACACAAACACACACACACAGACACGUACAAUCCGUGUACUCAUAGCAGAUACACAUACAUACAUGCAUGCGCGCAAACGCGACGUAUAUAUACACACAUGCGUGCGCAUUAAAGGGAAAGAAAAUGGACUUUCAUAUACAAGAGACAACGGUCAACUGCAUAAUAAAAAAUAAAAAAAAAUAUAUAUAUAUAUAUAUACAAAAAAUAUAUAUAUAUAUACCCAGAAGUAUAUCGGCGAACCUUAACUGGUGCGGAUGUGGAACGAUAUAUAUAUAUCGGAUGAUGAUUAUAUAUAUAAAUAUUAAACGAUAAUAUAAUGCAAAUUUUUAUAUUUGCAUGUUUUGUGCUGUAAUUAGCGAGUAAUUAAGAUAUUUUGUAGAUAACACACACUUCCAUUGAAUCUUAUUCGAUUUUUGUGCUACGGCUACGGUGGCGCAAAUAUACGUUUGCGAUUGUAGGAUCGCAAAAAAAGUCUCGACUUUUAGGAGCACAGGCAGAUACUAGAACUGAAGAAAGACAUUGCUAGAAGAUGAAAAUAAUAUGAUAUGUGUGAUAAAAGCCGCUGAUUGAAAUGAAAGAAAGAGAGAGAGAAAGGAUGCGUGAAAGAGAGCGAGAAGGCAAGAGAAAGAAUGUGUCAUGUAUUUGCGUACGUGUGCGUGCGUGUUAUAUAUUUGCGUGCAUGUAUGUAUGUAUGUAUAUAAUAUAAUGUUGAGAAUCAGAAAGAGAGA